ACUCGCUAAUUCACAGCUGACCGUGAGGCCGCGUCCCUCGCUCCGGCCGCAGCUCGCGAUGUUUACGCUUGUCAACAAAUAAACAAAAUGAGAUGUGUUUUGUGAUAAAUAAAACUAAUCUGUGUUUUGUUUUUCUUGUUUUUUUUUAUAUGUAAUAAUUUCAAAGGUAUCAUAAUCUAUGUUAUGUUGUCUGUAUUGAGUGCACGAAGAUGGAUAUUGGUAACGGUGAUUCAGACCAUUCUAUGACCUGGGAGGAUUUUUUUGGUAGCACAACGGAUCUUACGCCCACGCUAAUCGGAAUAUAUGAUUCGUUGCUUGAACCGAAGACACUGAAACCAGAGGUUAAUUCGGAAACAGCUAAAGACGCGAGAAACGACCCACCGGUAGAAUCAGAACCAGACAGCGUAACAGUAGAUUCAGAUCUGCAGCGCAAAGAUCUCGAUAUGUCAACGGGAAGCGUUAAACUACCAAUCGCAACUAUCAAUAAAAGUUCUCUAUACACUCUGCGAGGUAAAAGUGAUAAAAUCGGUGCUAUAGAUACGGAUAAAUGUGAUCGUGCAAUUAGUGAAACGGUGUUAAUAAAAGACAAACCGCAGAGGACGUUGAAAGAUCCAAAACACGAACCCACGUUUGAUAGUUUGUCGCCGAACGUGAAAAGGAUUAUAUCUAGUGCCACGGAGGCUAGCGCUUUGAAAUUUCAAAAGAAAACAACUAACGCAGCUCGGUCAUCUACAAGGCUUAGGUCUAAUAUACCCCUGGUCGGAGCCACUUCAAAGAUUACACAAUCCGGAUUAGAAAUAUUAGAUUCCGUCGAAAUUUAUGAUCAACCUUGCCUUAAUAAAGCUAAGAUUGAAGAAAGUGUUAAACCCGAGACGAAAGUAGAGGCGGAGGAAACUUAUGAUGUCCCAAUGAAUAACAGACCAGCGAUAUACGACGUACCUUCAAACAAUAAGACUGCAUUCGAAACAUUAUCAUUGCCAUUUAUCGACCAAUCGAUCGAACUCUCUAUAACAACGAACGAUAGAGAAUUCGAUAUUAAAUUAUCAUCAAAAGAAACAUCUCCAAUGAAAUCGAAUCCAAAAACUUCUACGCCGGAAGGAUCACCAGCGAAAGUCCCUAAAUUGUCACAAGUCGGUACCAAUAGUUUGCAUCGAAAAGACUUUUUAAGUCCACCGAAACAGUUGUCGGAGACUGGUCCUUAUCCCGACGUUGUAGGGUCGACAGGGAAUCUGAAAAGCUGUUCAGUACAAGAUAAAGAUGUCUCCAGGUUAAACCCUCCUGUGAUUGAAGUGUGUCGACCUUUGUCUAUGAGUUCAAUAGCCUCCUCAAGCUCCACAUCUAGCAGCGGAGUGCAGAACAAAGGAGUUAACUCAGCUUAUUUGGCGUCCAUAGAGAGUUUGGAUGAUCAUAGCGACGUGGAUAUCACAUCGGCUAAUGGCAGUAACAAUUAUGUAAACAAAGCCGGGAUUAUGAAUAACAGUGUCAGUGAAAGGAAUUCCGAUGGUAAACCUCGACAGCUGGAGGAAACGUCAGGGCUGUCGCAACUGGAACGAGUGUGUGCUGAGAUCGUCCAAACAGAGAACGUCUACGUGGAAGACUUGAGGCAAGUCGUUGAGGGCUACUUACAUAUAUGGCGUCGUGACGUCACUUUCUCCGAAGAAGAACUGUCAGAACUGUUCAACAACAUCGAAGACAUAUUCAACUUUAACAGAUCGCUUUGUGAAGAGUUAAAUACCUGUCGUCUGGACGCGACGUGCAUCGCACGUUGCUUCGUGAACAACACCUCGGGGUUUUCCGUGUACACCUCGUACUGCACUGGCUACCCUCGGACCAUGCAGCGUCUGGCGGCCCUGGCCUCGAAGCCUCAGAGCGCGAGGGAGUUCCGGGAGAGGCAGACGGCGCUCGGACAUCCGCUACCGUUGGCCUCGUACUUGCUGAAGCCGGUGCAGAGGAUACUGAAGUAUCACUUACUUUUGCAGAACGUUGUUAAGCAAUGCGCCUCCAGCGAGACGGAAUACGCCUUAGUGAAGAUGACCGGGAUAGCGCAACACAUUGACGAUAUGAAGAGGCGCCACGAGCACGCGGUCAGAGUGCAGGAAAUCCAAUCGCUUUUAUACGGCUGGAGCGGACCUGAUCUGACUACAUACGGAGAACUGUGUGCCGAAGGGACAUUUAGAGUAUUCGGCGCUAAGGCGAUGCGUCACGCCUUCCUCUUCGACAAGAUGCUUCUCGUCACCAAGAACCGAGAGGACGGGAUCUUGGCCUACAAGUCGCAUAUUAUGUGCAACAACAUGAUGCUGGUGGAAUCGAUAUCGGGGGCUCCGCUGUCGUUCCACGUGAUCCCCUGGGACGCGCCGCGCUGCCAGCUCACAUUGCAGGCGCGCUCCGCCCGACACAAACGCGAGUGGACACUGCUGCUCAAACGGGUGAUCUUGGAGAACUACAACGCGGUGAUACCUUCUCAUGCCCGGCAGCUCGUUAUGGAGCUGGGUCAGAACAGGACAGAUGACGACAUGUUGGCGGAGAAGUCGCACAACCUAAUAACGCAGGCUUCGAUGCGGAAGCAGCUGUCCGCGCCCGAGUAUCUGGAGAAACGCAAGCUCGAACGCGAGAGGCGGAAGUGCUUCGAAAGCGGCGCGAGGGGGCGGUUGGCCAAAGCGAACAGAAAGUACACGACGCCCAGCGCCCGGAGCACCCGACCCGAGCGCUGCGACUGCACACAGAUAUCCAACGAGAAAGGUACGGACUACACUUGCGAGUUUUGUUACGUCGACGUGUGCACCGACUGCGAGGUGGAAUUAGGCGGUAAAGACAAACGGAAAAACGACGAGAACGAUUCGAACGGCGAUAAGUGCUCCGAUUGCGACGCGUUGCAGUCCACGGACGCCGGCAGCUCUGAGCAUCUGGAGCGAAGACCCUACAAACGUACCGACUUCAAUUCCUCCCAGGAGAGCUUCGUCAAAGAGAACUUGAAUAAGGCCAGGGAGUAUCAUUCGACUAAUGACAUCGUCAGCUACGCGGACGCCGCCAAUAGCGCUGAGGAUCUCAGGAAUAGCUCUUUGAGCAACAUUAAGAGUAUACCCAAAACGUCACUCAAAUGUGAGUUAAUCAAAGAGAACAUUGCCGUCGACGCGUCAACUUCCUUAAUACCCAGACCGUCUAGGUCUAGUGAGAUCGACAAGCACAGAACGGACACGUUGAGGUCCAAAUCGAAGGAAGACCCGAACAGAUCUAAGCUAACCAAGAUAAGCGGUUGGAGACGUAAAUCCGAACCGGGUCUCCAGCAAAACACUAUAAGUAACAUCGCGAAGAGAACUCAGGAGGGCGACUCCGAUAGAACAGAGACUAGGGGCGGCGAGAAAAUCGAAUUCGAAUGUCGGAACUGUGGCUCGAACAAGAUCACACGUAGACUGAGAGCUAAUGACGGGACAAUCAUAUCGAAUCCUGAGCUGGAGCCGAAGAAACGGGGCGCGAAUACAACGAAACCGAAUUUAGAAAUACGCAUGUACAACACCAAGAACGUACCAAAGAAAAUAACGAAGAUCAAAAAGAACAGAGCUAAGGGGUUGCGCGUCGAUACAACAGCGAGAUUCUACGCGGACCUCUCCGCAGAUGCGUCCACCGAGAACAUUCUACACAUAUCAGAAUCUAACGACAGCCUCAAUGUUGAUAAAAGUGAUGAUAAAACUGAACCGCCUGUAGUAACGGAGAGGCUGAGCAAAGACGAAGACAUCGAUGAGGAGACAUACAAAAAACUAAUCGAGAAAACGGAUUCAUUCAAAAAGAACGAACUAGAGAAAGUCAAGUAUCUUAAUAAACAGAAAGUCAUCAACGAAAGCUCCGAAGUCGAUGAGAAAACUUGUGACGAAACGAAACAAGACGUGGUGGUUGAGAGCGGCGAGGAAACGGAACAGCCCUUGGAGCAGAUCAUAUCGCAGCUGCUGUUGCAGAAUAGAGAGUUCCAGAAACUAAUUAAGAAACAACAAUUGAGGAACAGCGCCCAAAGGCGGCACCAAAGAUUAUUAAAGUCACACUCGAACCCCGAGCCGGUGGUCUUGGCGAGGCAACUGGAUAACGAAGAUAAUAAAUUCAAACUUGUCAAACAAAACUCUGAACGUAACGACACUAAAAUCGACGAAGACGAUGCUAUAAGUCAACAAAUACCCGAACCAGAUCAAGUCGAAACAAAAGAAAUAGAAGAGGACCACAUUUACGAAACGCUAAGGAUAGAUAGUCGAUUCGAAGAUGCCUUACACAAUGUAGACAACAAGAGUAAAUCGAUACACCACCAGCAUCUGAAUCGACAGAAAAGACUACCAUCACCCCCGGCGCCCGUACUCCAUAAAGUUGAUUUUAAAUCGGCCGGGUCGGAUUUAGAUUACGUGUACUUAACGUUCAACAAAGGUAGCACCGAUGAUUUUGACGGGAUCUACGACGUACCAGUGAAAUCUCCGCAAAAGGUCCCCGGGCUCGCUGACGAGUACUACGUGCCGAUGGACAAACCCCUCAAGGCGACCAACGAAAACAUUUACGACACUCUCGUCGAAGUCUGUAAACGGAAGAAGGACUUGCCGGCAGCAUCGCCCGGAGACUAUCUGCCUAUGGGCCCCGACAGACAGAGUCCAAACACACCUGAGAUAUGGCUGAGUCGACAAAAGGAACAUUUCAAUGUGUCGCGCGACAGAAAAUCCGGAUCUUUACCGCGAAGCUUCCAAGUAGUUACAGGCGCACAGGAAGACAGCGAUCUCGCUUCAUUCAAAUGCAAACCUUAUACCAAUAGCAAAACGUAUCUUAAUCGGGAAGGGAAGGUCGUUAGCAUAGACAGGCCAUUUACGAUCGCUUCGGACCAGAGCGAAAUCAGUUACGACGAUGUUGAGAGCUACAUGAGCGAAGGCGACAUACUCAAAUUCAACAAGAACGCCAAAACCGAGACUGAAUAUGCGCAAGACAUAAGUCAAUCCACUCUAGAACUGGAAGAAGAGAUUGAUAGAUGCUAUAAAAAUAACUUCGAGGAUAUCACCUUGGACAAGACUGAGCACGAUGACCCGCUCGACACAUCGCAAAACAACCUCAAUAACAUAUCGACCACUUCAUCGUGUGAGGCCUUACAGUCUGAGAAGUCCAGUGAAAAGCCAACGAACACCGAUCCGAUACACCCGGAACACAGAAUCUACAAGCCCGUUAGCAAUAUACUGUCUUUGAGGAAUGUCUUAAGCAGAUUCAAAAGCAAGACCCCGAAUAAAAGCAGCAACGACGAGGACAAUAACAAUGACCAAAGCGUCUCAGAUCCAAAAAGCCCUAGCAACGAGAAAAGAUCAGCCCUAAACCCGAGAAGCUAUUCGAAGAAUCUGCUGCAAAGAUUUAGGAGUAUUAUCGGCGACGAACACACAGACGACAAUCAAAAUAGAACCGAUCCUCCAGUGACGAAACUUGCAGAGACUGUACCCACGACGACAGAUGUUAAAGUCGCUAUAACGACAACGAUCGCCAGUGGAGCCACGUCUACCGCAGUCACCGAUGUACUGAGCAAGAGCGUUUGUGAGCAGACAUCGACGAGCCAAAGUCAAAACGUCAAGAACAAUCUAGAAGCUCUUUCGUAUAGUUGCGAAAAUAUACCAAGGAAGCCCGAUAAAUCUCGUCCUAAAUUCGAAAAGAGCGUCAGCAUGGUCGCCGGUAGUGUUCCGACAGCGUCGCCUUUCAAAUCCAAGCACAGCUCUUAUCAAAGCUUGAACAAGCUGCCCGUAUACAUGCAGGGCAGUAAGCACCUAGGCGCGAGAAUAGCUCAUUCGGACUACGUCGAUCCAAUGACGCUAUCCGGCGACAGAAGCGCCCUCAAAAACGUCAAUGUACUAUUAAACAAAAACUCAGUACGACCAGACAGUCUGUUCUCUAAUUCCUCAUACGUGACCACGUCCAGCGACGGCAUUCAUCAAAGCGGCAAAUCCAAUUCAACGGACGUGAAUCUGGACAAACCUAAAGUGCCUUACGAUACCAUACAGGACAAUUCAGACGAAUGUUUCUACGAGAAACACUUUGAGAAGAUCGAACACGUGAUCGACGGUGAUGUGUUCAGAGAUUCCGCGGUUUAUUCCGACCAAGAGGAAGUAGACGAGGCCAAAUCGGAACCGUGGAUCAAAGACAAGAAACCGAUCAACAAAAUUAUAACUAGAGUCGAAAGCGUGCAGAGGAAAUCGUCAUUACAAAGGAUAAAUUUAACGAAAACAGAAACUAUACAAACGGUUAACAAGGAUCGAAAUCCCGAACAGAAUUCCACGACGCCGCUUCUAAUUAAACGCAAAAUAGCACCCCCAGUCCCUGUUAAGCCGAAAAUCACUCAAAUACCGACCGCUCACCUCCAAAACAGAAUUGUAACAAGAAAUUUGACUAUUACUAAAGAAGUGGACUUAGUCAAUAUUGCCAAAACUAGCUCUCAUAUCAGGAAACCUAUCGAGAGAUGUGUGUCUACGCCAGCCAAAGACAUAAGCGAGGAUAAACUUAAAGGAACUUCGGAAGUAGAAACAGUUCAACCGACAAACAUCCAAAUAAAGAGGUUGAGCUUCGAACGCGCCAGCUUAGAUUCGGCGUCGCGGAAGCUUCGAACGAACGAUCCAAGCUUACAGUCGGAAGCUAAAACGUCAAACAAAUCGGUCUUAGAACGAAGACUCGAGAUCGAACGAUUGUCUAAAACACAAAUGACUCCUAUAAAAAUACCAGUACCUCCGAUACCGGCUCACAGAUCUUUCGAUAGAAGUAUUAGUGAAAGAAUGAAGAAUAGAACUACAGGUGAAAUAGAAAAAGACAUUCCCGUUAACAAGAUUAACUAUGAGAGGACGGACAGCGAUGACGUCAAAGGCAGCUGGGUGAAACAAGUCGUCAAUAAAUUCCAAUAAAUUCUGAAUUGUGAUAAUAAUAAAAAAAAACGAAACGCAUUUUUAAAUGCGCUAGUUUCAAACGAUGACAACACUGAGCGACUGAAAUUUGUACUUAAAAAAUAAGCAUAUAAUCUCAGCUGGUAUCACCACAGCUAAGAUUGACACACGCAACGUAGAUUAUAUACAGACUGUUCAAAGUCAAUCUGUGUUUAGAAAAAAAAAGUGUAUUAUUUUUUUAAAUUAACUAAAUAAAUCAAAUACCGCUUUAUUUUUUUAUUCUGUACUCUCAAAUCUAUAAACGUGUAUUGCGUACUUAUGAUACUAUAAAGAUUAUUGUUAAUGUAUAUACUUUUAUAGGUACUUUAAGUUUUAUAGUUUUGUGCCAUAGACUGAAAGAAAACGAGUUAAAAAAAGCAUUGUUUUCAUCGUUAUGAUUUAAAACAAGUUUAUUUAUGUGUAAUACUUUAAAAUGUUUAAAAUUUUAAAAUUCAUUGUUUAUGAACUGUCGAUCUCAAGAAAUAAAGUUUUUACGCGGGAAUGAAAAAAAAAUCCACAAUAAAAACAAAAAGAAGGAACAAAUUAAUUUUAAAUGAAAUUUUUGACAUUGACAUUAGCAAAGUUUUUUUUUAGUUCAUGCGUAAAGACGCGAUAAGUUUCGUUUUUACUGUGGCAGAUAAUAAAUAUAUCCGGUGUUAUCAGAGAGAGUCUUUCGAGUAUUUACAACGAUAAAAAAUAUCUUACAUAGUAGUAUUCUAUUCGGUUUUAUUCGUUGAUGUAAUUAAAAUUUAUUUUACGGUUACGGCACCAGGACAACACGUGCUACACAUCCUAGUUGCCCGCGCCAAAUAAACAAAUAUUCGAAACGUCAUAACAUAGUGACAGUAAAAAGCGCGGGAUUAAACCGUAAAAUUAAUUUUAAUACAUAAUAGUUUCGUGUUAAUCAACCUGGAUUAAUAUACUGUUUGUGGGUGAUUUCAUUCAAACAUUUGGGUGAGUAACAAACUCACAAACUUCCGCAUAUUAUCAAAUACAUAGAAACAGUCUAAAUUUUUUAUUGAUCAUUGCAAUUGAAAACAUACUUUGCUAGUAGUAGUUAUGCUACGGGUAAUGGAAAUUUUUUUUUGUAUUAUUUUCAUAUUCAAAUUCUCAAAAUGGCCGACAUUGGCCGGCACACGUGAGGUUUUUUAAUUAAAUUUGCCGCAUAUGUAAUCCAAUUUAUGUCAACUACUGUUAAACUCGUUAACACAAAUUGAUUUCAACAGAAUCUUAUUAAAUUACCUACGUAUAGUAAAACAAUUAAUUUUACACAAAUCCGACGACAUUCUGCAUAUGCAUUUAUUGUAAUAAGGAAUUAUUAUUUUUGAUAUCUCACAAUAAAAUUAUGAAGAUGUGCCAUUCGUGUGUAUAAUAUUUAUUGUACUCAAUAUUUUUUUGUAAAUUGUUUUUUUUUAACUUGUAAAUCUUUAACCCUCUAGCUACCGGUAUUCAUAAUGUGUUCUCUGAACUCAAUAGUUAAUAAUAUAAUAAUACAUAGAACAAUAAUAUAUAUAUUUUAAAGCUGGAAUAUCUUAACCUCGUUCGGAAAUAGAGAACGUAUAAUUUCGAGAGAUUGUAUUCCUUAUUUAUGUAUUUAUAUUUGUAUCUCGCGAAAAUAUCGUUGUGUCGUCUGUUGACUAAAGCCGUAGUUAAAGGGUUAAAAGAUUAAUAAUUACUAUUGCCUCAAUUGACGCUGAGUGAUAAUCGUCGGUCAUUGGCACUAACAAUGCCAAUGCACGGCUGCCAUAUACCGCGAUCAUAACGUACUUUUGUAAAGUUUUUUUUAUUGCUUAGAUGGGUGGACGAGCUCACAGCCUACGUGAUGUUAAGUGGUUACUGGUGCCCAUAGACAUCUACAACGUAAAUACGCCACCCACCUUGAGAUAUAAGUUCUAAGGUCUCAGUAUAGUUACAACGGCUGCCCCGCCCUUCAAACCGAAACGCAUUACUGCUUCACGGCAGAAAUAAGCAGAGUGGUGGUACCUACCCGUGCGGAGUAACAAGAGGUCCUACCACCAGUAAAAAUACAAAACAACAAAUACAAACAAACAAAAUAACAAUCAAAUAAAACUUAUCGACUGAAUUCGUAUAUCGAUUACAAUUAAUUUAGAAAAACUAUCCCAAUAAAUCUCUAGAUUUAGGAAUACAUACGAAUAACCUAUAAUUUCGUGCAAUUUGAUUUAAUUUACGAUCUACUUAAAAACCAUUAUUUAUUGUUCAUUAAUUUAAGUUUAAGUACGUCGCGUAGCUACUAACACCAAAAAGUAGAAAUUUUUAGUUUUUUUUUUCUUUUUCCUGUUUACUAAUAAAAGUAUUGGAUAACGAAAA